AUGAACCUGACAAACUUUAACCAGUCUGAUCGCUGUGAGCUUUUCUCCUGUCCAGAGAGAACUGUAUCUUCUGCAGUUUAUAUCUUACUGUAUGUGUGUUCAUCUGCUGUGGUUCUGCUGAUAGUGUGUGGAAAUAUGCUCGUCAUUAUCUCCGUUUUUCACUUCAAGCAGCUUCACACACCAACAAACACACUAGUUCUCUCUUUGGCUGUGUCGGAUUUUCUUGUUGGCAUUUUUGUAAUGCCAAUAUUGUUAAUUUGGAUUAUUGAGUCAUGCUGGAUAUUUGGAAAAGUUUUCUGUAGCAUUUACUGGCUUAUAAGUAGUCUUCUUUCAGUAUCAACCUACACUGUUGCUCAGAUUGCUGUGGAUCGGUAUUUGGCUCUCUCAAACCCCUUUCUCUACAUGAAAAUUUUCUCUGUAAAGAUAACUCGUGUUAUAAUUGUUUUUAACUGGUGUGUAGUGGUAACCUAUAAUAUAGCACUGCUAUAUUGCAAUGGAAACUUUACAAGUUUUGCAAUGUGUCCUGGAGAGUGUAUUCUCCCUCUAAAUGAGGUUUGGACUGUAAUAGAUCUAAUCUGUUCAUUUAUAUUUCCAUGUUCUGUCAUAAUGAUAUUGUAUACUCGAGUUUUUGUGAUUGCUAAAAAACAUGCCACUGCUAUCAGAGAGCUUAAUAAUCACACACGGCUUAAAACACAGAAAAUGACUUUACACUCAAUGAAAUCUGAAAGAAAAGCAGCUAAAGUCCUCGGAAUUUUAGUGUCUGUGUUUCUUUUGUGUUUACUUCCAUAUUUUAUUACCAGUUUAUUAUUUUAUGUUAUUGAGUUACAGGUGGAAACAUUUAGGAAAGUUUUAAUAACUCUUUAUCUCAAUUCCAUCAUUAAUCCAUUUAUUUAUGCCCUGUUUUAUCCAUGGUUUAGAAAGUGCAUUAAAUUAAUUAUAAUGUUGAAAAUUCUCCAGACAGACUCUGCAUUAAUCAAUGUUCUUUAG